AUGUCCUCAUCCUAUACAAAAGAGCAAGAAUCAAUAGUUUUAAAAGUCUUAUCGUACAAGCCCCAUCAGUUUUAUGAAAUUUUGUCGGUGGAGAAAUCCGCCAGUGAGGGCGAAAUAAAAAAAUCAUACAGGAAGCUAGCUAUAAAGUGCCAUCCUGAUAAAAACCCUCAUCCAAGAUCAUCAGAAGCGUUCAAGAUUUUAAAUAAAGCAUGGGAGGUGUUGAGUGACCCACAAAAGAAGAGAAUAUUUGACCAAACCGGUUCGGACCCUACUUCAAGAAUCAACAAUGCCAGUGCGGCGUCUGGUGGCUUCCCAAGCAGUUCAUUCUCUGGAAGAUCAGGGUUUGCAAAUAAUCCAUUUGAAGAUGACUUGUUCAAUAUGUUUUUUGGUGGUGGUGGCGGUCCACGUGGAAGUCCUUUCGCAUCAGGGCCAACAUUCACAUUUGGAGGGAACGGGUUCACAUUCCAAUCAUAUGGAAACGGGGGCGCUGAUCCGUUCAUGAGAUAUAGAAGAACUACAAGAAGACCAAGAGCACAGUCACCAAAUGGAAGAGAACAAACUGGACCUAAUGGAGAAGAGCAACCAUCCUUGUUUGAGGCAUUGAAAGGUAUAUUGCCUAUUUUGAUGCUUUUAAUUGUACCAAUAUUAUCAGCCAUAUUUUCCGGUGACACAUCUCCAGAGUAUUCCUUUGUUCCAUCUCAAGAAUAUAACAUACAGAGGAAUACACCAAAAUACAAUAUACCAUUCUAUGUCACUGACAAAUUCCAGGAAAAGCAUGGGUCGAAGUCCAAAAGACAAUUAAGAAAUUACGAUUCCAAAGUAGAGAACUUGUUUAUAUCCGACAAACGAGCCAAGUGUUCCAAAGAACAAAUACACAAAGAUCAGUUGAUUGAGGAUGCAUAUGGCUGGUUUAGUGUUGAUAGUGAGAAAUUACAGCGGGCAGAAAAUUUCCCAACACCAAAUUGUGACAUAUUGAAAGGUUUAAAUUUACUUUAG